CGGCGCGGCGCUGGCGAGCGGGCGCCUGGAGGGGGGCUAGCCGCCUGCAGCCAUGACCCUCGCUGCCCGCCUCUGCGCCCCGACUCCGGGUGUCUGAGACCGCGUGCAGUGGCUGGGAGCUGUCGAGAGCCUGAGCGAUCGCAUUCCCUGACUCGCUGCCCCCCGUGCAAGGGGGACCGAGCACGGGCAGCUUGCAAACUGGGGGGUGUCUCCCGCAGCAGCCCCCCGCCGCCGCUGCAGCUGACCGGGGGACCCUGGACAUGGCCUGCCGGCGGGGCACGGGACCGAUGGUCCUCGGGGUGCCGGGAGGCGUCGGACUGACUCUGUGGCUGCUGCUGCUGCCGCCGCUGCUGCUGCCGGACCCGGCUCGAGGCUUCGGGGACGAGGAGGAGCGGCGCUGCGACCCCAUCCGCAUCUCCAUGUGCCAGAACCUGGGCUACAACGUGACCAAGAUGCCCAACCUGGUGGGACACGAGCUGCAGACGGACGCUGAGCUGCAGCUCACGACUUUCACGCCUCUCAUCCAGUACGGCUGCUCCAGCCAGCUGCAGUUCUUCCUUUGUUCCGUGUAUGUGCCAAUGUGCACAGAGAAGAUCAACAUCCCCAUUGGCCCAUGUGGCGGCAUGUGUCUGUCGGUCAAGAGGCGCUGUGAACCUGUGCUGAAGGAGUUUGGCUUUGCCUGGCCAGAGAGCCUGAACUGCAGCAAAUUCCCGCCUCAGAACGAUCACAACCACAUGUGCAUGGAAGGUCCGGGGGAUGAGGAGGUGCCACUUGCACACAAAACCCCUGUCCAGACUGGGGAGGAGUGCCACUCCGUUGGGACCAAUUCUGAUCAGUACAUCUGGGUGAAGAGGAGCUUGAACUGUGUUCUCAAGUGUGGCUAUGAUGCUGGCUUGUAUAGCCGCUCGGCUAAGGAGUUCACAGACAUCUGGAUGGCUGUGUGGGCCAGCCUCUGCUUCAUUUCUACUGCCUUCACUGUUCUCACCUUCCUCAUUGAUUCCUCUAGGUUUUCCUACCCUGAGCGCCCCAUCAUAUUUCUCAGUAUGUGCUAUAAUAUUUAUAGCAUUGCUUAUAUUGUCAGGCUGACUGUUGGCCGGGAAAGGAUAUCCUGUGAUUUUGAGGAGGCAGCAGAACCUGUUCUCAUCCAAGAAGGACUUAAGAAUACAGGAUGUGCAAUAAUUUUCUUGCUGAUGUACUUUUUUGGAAUGGCCAGCUCCAUCUGGUGGGUUAUUCUGACACUCACUUGGUUUUUGGCGGCAGGACUCAAGUGGGGUCACGAAGCUAUUGAAAUGCAUAGCAGUUAUUUCCACAUUGCUGCCUGGGCCAUCCCUGCAGUGAAGACCAUUGUCAUCCUGAUUAUGAGGUUGGUGGAUGCAGAUGAACUGACAGGACUGUGCUAUGUGGGAAACCAAAACCUUGAUGCCCUUACUGGCUUUGUGGUGGCACCGCUCUUUACUUACUUGGUGAUUGGAACUUUGUUCAUUGCUGCGGGGUUGGUGGCCUUGUUUAAAAUUCGGUCAAAUCUACAGAAGGAUGGGACAAAGACAGACAAAUUGGAGAGGCUUAUGGUCAAGAUUGGGGUCUUCUCGGUCUUGUAUACUGUCCCUGCAACCUGUGUGAUUGCCUGUUAUUUCUAUGAAAUCUCCAACUGGGCCCUUUUCCGGUAUUCUGCAGAUGAUUCUAAUAUGGCUGUUGAAAUGUUGAAAAUUUUCAUGUCUCUACUGGUGGGCAUCACUUCAGGCAUGUGGAUUUGGUCUGCCAAAACUCUUCACACAUGGCAGAAGUGUUCCAACAGACUGGUGAAUUCUGGGAAGGUAAAGAGGGAAAAGAGAGGAAAUGGUUGGGUGAAGCCUGGAAAAGGCAAUGAAACUGUGGUAUAAGAGGGCUAGUCCAUUUCCUCACUCUCCUUGUUUCAAAGGGGGUAAUGACAGCAUUUCUGUGCAAAUGCUACUAAAAUUUUUCACUCAGUGAAUCUAUUUGAACAAACUAGCAACAGAGGUGACUCCCAUCACCUAUUGCCACCGCCUACCAUUAAAAUUAAAUUU